AUGUACCACGUCCACGGCGAACAGGGUAACCUGGCGCCUGGAGCUGAGCCCAGCCUGGCAGCCGCUCUCGCCACAGCCUCGUUGCUGAACCCAUCUGCCUUCGGGACCUCUGCCUCAGCCGCAAGGUCGUCCGGCGGCCUCCAUCUGCCUCUCUCGAUGCCCCUCUCGAUGUCCUGCUCUUCCGGCCACAACGACCGACUUAACCGCCCCCUCACAGCGCAUCUUCUGCCGGCCGGCCUCAGCGCGAUGCUGCCUCGUCUGCCGGGACAGCACCAACCGACUCCGGUCACCUCGCACCUUCCCGGCCCCGGCGCCACCUCCGCCUCGGCCUCCACCUCCGCGUCGGCACCUUUUCCGAGCGGCCUCUCGGCCGCCGGACUGCUCGGCUCCAACUCGUUGCUGCCGAACUCGAGCCUGGGACCCAGCGACUCGGCCGGCUCUCUGCUUGCUGCCGCCGCCGCGCUCGCUUCGCUUUCGGCUCAAUCACCACCGCCGCCACCAACCUCAGUCCCACUAACCGCCGCACUCUCGGUGGCCAAUUCAAUCGCCUCCUUCUCCACCAACCCCGUCGCCUCGAUAACCACCGGCAGCACAUACAGCGGUCUGUCCAACUCGGAGAACGGCUUUCCAGGCGGGCUCGUCUUCUCUGGUUGCGAGGCUUUUUCAGCCGCUGCUGCUGCCGCUGCAGCCGCAGCCGCCGCCGCCGUAUCUGCCACCUCGACCGGAUGCGGCGAACGCGGCGUCUGUACCGCCUUCAAUGGCCCGGCAAUCCUCCGACAGACGCAGACGACGGAAGCCCGUGUCGCAUCGCCCAACGGCCUUACCGGCCUGCUUGCCUCGCCUCAAAUGCAUCCCGCCUCUCUGUUGCACGCGGCUCUGGCCGGGCCCCAUCUUGGACAGGACUUUGCCUCUGGGUGA